ACGGGGCUCGGGGGAGGUCUCCGAGGGACUCUAGUAAGCGGGGAAGGGCGCCGGGAAACUUUCAGAUCCACGGCUGCGCGGGCCACAAGCCCACCCGAACGCCGACCACCGCUUUCCGUCGACUUCUAUUUCCUGCGAACGCGCGAAAGCAAACCCAAGUCAGAGUGCGGAGGUCGCCGGGGAGGGAAGCCUUGGACCGCAGUUGCCGGCCAGGAAUCCCAGUUUCGCGGUGGACACGCCUCCCACUGCCUCCCUCGCUCCCUUGCCGCCCACCUGCUCACCCAGCUCAGGGGCUUUGGAAUUCUGUGGCCACACUGCUGGGAGAUCGGUUCUGGGUCUGAAGGCUACAGGAAAACUCCCCUUCCCUGAAAUCUGGAGUGGAGAACACCGCCAUCCAGCCACCAUUCCAAGGAGGUGCAGGAGAACAACUCUGUGAUACCAUUUAACUUGUUGACGUUACUUUUAUUUGAAGGAACGUAUAUUGGAGCUUACUUUGCAAAGAAGGAAGAUGGUUCUUUCCGAAGUGGACAUCGCAAAAGCUGAUCCAGCUGCUGCAUCCCACCCUCUAUUACUGAAUGGAGAUGAUAAUGUGGCCCAGAAAAAUCCGCGCUUGGUGGCUGAGAACAACCUGUGCAGCCAGUACGAGGAGAAGGUGCGCCCCUGCAUCGACCUCAUUGACUCCCUGCGGGCUCUGGGUGUGGAGCAGGACCUGGCCCUGCCAGCCAUCGCCGUCAUUGGGGACCAGAGCUCGGGCAAGAGCUCCGUGUUGGAGGCACUGUCGGGAGUUGCCCUACCCAGAGGCAGCGGGAUCGUGACCAGAUGCCCGCUGGUGCUGAAACUGAAGAAACUUGUGAACGAAGAUAAGUGGAGAGGCAAGGUCAGUUACCAGGACUACGAGAUUGAGAUUUCGGAUGCUUCAGAGGUAGAAAAGGAAAUUAAUAAAGCCCAGAAUACCAUUGCCGGGGAAGGAAUGGGAAUCAGUCAUGAGCUAAUCACCCUGGAGAUCAGCUCCCAAGAUGUCCCGGAUCUGACUCUAAUAGACCUCCCUGGGAUAACCAGAGUGGCUGUGGGCAAUCAGCCUGCUGACAUUGGGUAUAAGAUCAAGACACUCAUCAAGAAGUACAUCCAGAGGCAGGAGACGAUCAGCCUGGUGGUGGUCCCCAGUAAUGUGGACAUCGCCACCACAGAGGCUCUGAGCAUGGCCCAGGAGGUGGACCCCGAGGGAGACAGGACCAUCGGAAUCUUGACGAAGCCUGACCUGGUGGACAAAGGAACUGAAGACAAGAUUGUGGAUGUGGUGCGGAACCUCGUGUUCCACCUGAAGAAGGGCUACAUGAUCGUCAAGUGCCGGGGCCAGCAGGAGAUCCAGGACCAGCUAAGCCUGUCCGAAGCCCUGCAGAGAGAGAAGAUCUUCUUUGAGGACCACCCAUAUUUCAGGGAUCUGCUGGAGGAAGGAAAGGCCACGGUUCCCUGCCUGGCAGAAAAACUUACCAGCGAGCUCAUCGCACACAUCUGUAAAUCUCUGCCCCUGUUAGAAAGUCAAAUCAAGGAGAGUCACCAGACAAUAACAGAGGAGCUACAAAAGUAUGGUGUCGACAUCCCGGAAGAUGAAAAUGAAAAAAUGUUCUUCCUGAUAGAUAAAAUUAAUGCCUUUAAUCAGGACAUCACUGCUCUCAUACAAGGAGAGGAAACUGUAGGAGAGGAAGACAUUCGGCUGUUUACCAGACUCCGACACGAGUUCCACAAAUGGAGUACAAUAAUUGAAAACAAUUUUCAAGAAGGCCAUAAAAUUUUGAGUAGAAAAAUCCAGAAAUUUGAAAAUCAGUAUCGUGGUAGAGAGCUGCCAGGCUUUGUGAAUUUCAGGACAUUUGAGACAAUCAUGAAACAGCAAAUCAAGGCGCUGGAAGAGCCGGCUGUGGAUAUGCUACACACUGUGACGGAUAUGGUCCGGCUUGCUUUCACAGAUGUUUCAAUAAAAAAUUUUGAAGAAUUUUUUAACCUCCACAGAACCGCCAAGUUCAAAAUCGAAGACAUUAGAACAGAACAAGAGAGAGAAGGUGAGAAGCUGAUCCGCCUCCACUUCCAGAUGGAGCAGAUUGUCUACUGCCAGGACCAGGUAUACAGGGGUGCGUUGCAGAAGGUCAGAGAGAAGGAGAUGGAAGAAGAAAAGAAGAAGAAACCCUGGGAUUUGGGGGUUUUCCAGUCCAGCUCGACAACAGACGCUUCCAUGGAGGAGCUCUUUCAGCACCUGAUGGCCUAUCACCAGGAGGCCAGCAAGCGCAUCUCCAGCCACAUCCCUUUGAUCAUCCAGUUCUUCAUGCUCCAGACGUACGGCCAGCAGCUUCAGAAGGCCAUGCUGCAGCUCCUGCAGGACAAGGACACCUACAGCUGGCUUCUGAAGGAGCGGAGCGACACCAGCGACAAGCGGAAGUUCCUGAAGGAGCGGCUUGCACGGCUGAUGCAGGCUCGGCGCCGGCUCGCCCAGUUCCCCGGUUAACCACGCUCUCUGUCCAGCCCCAUAGAUGUGCACUCACACCGUCUGCCCCCAUUCCCGGUUAGCCACUGGACAGACUACUUGAGUGCUCAGUAGUCAGACUUGCUAGUCAGUCUCUGCAUAUCCAUUAGCCAUAGCGAUUUAGCAAGAAGCUGUGAGAGCAGUUUGGUUUCCGGCAUGAAGACAGCCCCACCCUCAGAUGCACAUGAGCUGGCGGGGAUGAAGGAUGCUGGCUUCGUACUGGGAAAGGGAUUUUCGGCCCUCAGAAUUGCUCCACCUUGCAGCUCUCCCCUUCUCUGUGUUCUUAGAAACUGACACGUGCUGAGCAUCACAGCUUAUUUCUUGGUUUUUAUAAUGUCCCUUCACAAACCCAGUGUUUCAGGAGCAUGAGUGUCAUGUGUGUGAGUCCUGUUGGAGCCCUGUCUCCUCUGUUUGUAAUAAACUCAUUUCUAGCAGA